GGCAGCAUUAGAGUCUCGUAGAUGUUGUCGCGUGUAAAUAGCUUUGCCGCGAAAAACUGUGAGAAAAGCAGACCAAGAGUUUGUAAAUGUGAUAAAAACAGAGCUGGACUGGGACUCUGAGUAACAAAAUGGCUGCUCAGUCUUACAUUGCCAUCUCUGAGCUGCAUCCCAAUUUCUCUCAUCCGAAAGUGGCAGGCAUCAUCAUUGGGAAAACUGAUGUAAAGAGCUUCCCUGACAGAAAAAAUAUCGGUACAGACAGAUUCACUUUUGGCUUCACCAUUAAGGACUCACCUGACUUUUUCAUUAAUGUGACAGCCUGGGGAAACGAUGGUUAUGUCAACGGGCUCUCCAGCAGCUUCAGCAUUGGAGACUGUGUCACCAUUGAAAAUCCAUUAGUUGCCAACAAAGACCCAGAGAAAGGGGACCGAUUCUGUCCCACUACACCAGGCCUCUACAGGCUGCUGGUGACGGAGGCUCACUCUCAGGUGCGUCUGUGUGCGGACGUGUACACCAUCGAGCAGCUGCUGCCGCUGAUCCACCUGCCAGUGAAAGACUCCAGAGAUUUCUACUCUCUGGGAGACAUAGAGGUCAACGGCCAGCGGCUGGACGGCACAGUGAUAAAUAUACUGGCUGCAGUGAAAUCGAUUGGAGAGCCGAAGCAGUUCACCACUUCAGACGGACGCAAAGGGCAGAGGCUGGAAGUGAAACUCUUUGAUGACUCUGUCUCUUCCUUCCCCCUCAUCUGCUGGGACAGAGAAGCCAUUCAGCUUGUGCAAACUUUGAUACCCAAGGAGACGGUUCUCUUCAUAGCCGAUGCAAAGAUUAGCUUUGACAACUUUCGCAGCGGCAUGGCAGCAACCGUUAACUCGAAAACCAUUAUCACUGUCAACCCUGACACCAGGGAGGCCAGCCUGCUGUUCAGCUAUGCUAAAGAAGUAUCUGAGUCUGGAGCUCUGGAUCAAGAUGAGAAGCCAGAGGAUGUGCCUGUGGAUUCAAUCAUCGAUGUGUACACAGUGAGCCAGCUGAAGCAGAAAGCCCAGGAGAGUCCUGAGGUUUUUUUUGGCAUCACAUACAGCUUCAUCUCCAAGCUCGACCUCGAUUCCUCUGUUUCAAAAGUCAUCAAGACACGGUGCUCCAGGUGCAAGUUCCAGGUGAGUGAGGAUGCAGAGAGCUGCACCAAUCAGCUGUGUCCAGGGAGGGAUCAGGCCUUGUCAGCCACCACAGGCUUUGACCUGCUGGUGGACUUCACGGACCACACCGGCACCCUGCCUGCCUGCACCCUCAGAAGUCCAGUGGCAGAGAAGACACUUGGCUGCACAGCAGACGAGUUCACCAGUUUGACUGAUGACGAGCGAACUGCAAUGAAGUGGAAAUUCCUUUUGGAGAGAUGCAAAAUAUAUGUGAAGAUUCUCCCCUCCACUAAGAUGAGGACUGGAAUCAGGGGGAUGAUUGUGGACUGCUCACUGGCUGAUCCUGGGGAGGUGAAACAGCACAUGUCUGCCCUGCUGUAGUGACAAACACAUGCUUUACCUGCUGUUUGGUGCUGUUUUGAUUAAGAUAUUAACAAGAGAACAUUUAAACAUGUAGUUAUACAUUAAUACAUUCUCUGCAUUAUUUAUUUAUUUAACAUAUUUAUUUAUUUAUUUGAAUGUCUGUAUUUUUCAAAUGUACUGGUGGUUUAAUUGUUUGCAAAAAACAAACUAACCUGUAAAUUUAGAAACAGUUAUAUGUCAAUAUGUUAUGUGUCAAAUAUAUAAACCAAAUGUUAUUCGCUGAUAUUGACAUGUUCAUAUUAAUAAACAGCUUAU